AACAAGAGAGUGAGGCUACAGCGUAGCUCGAGCAGCGUCCAGCUACCGGCGUACCCGGCCUCCCUGUUCAAGUCGAGGACGUCGUCGACGUUGCUGCUGAAUCGUUGCCUGAGCAACGGCACCACCGGCUGCCGGAGCAGCUCCCUCACCGAGGAGUCGUCCUUCGAGGGCGCGGCUGACUGGAAGAACGAGGACCGGUGCAUGGAUUACGGGACGCCCCCGCCCAUCGAGGAGCCCCAGUGCUACUCCAUGUGCCUCACCGAGAGCUCCACCUCGGACGAGAACAACUGCCCCGUCCAAGUCAGCAGGGAACUCCUCGGCUCCCUCCUGGUCGAGCACGCCCGUACCUUGGGCUGCCGGCUGCACGUCCUCGAGGACCUCGAGCACGGCAAACUCGAUGCUGGUCCCUCGAGUGCCCGGGACUACCUGGCCGGCUGCAAAAAGCCCCACGAGCUGAACGCGUUGCUGUUGUACGCGAGUUAUUUGGGCAAGGCCGAGGUGCUGCCGGUACUGGUUGCCCAGGGCGCCGAUCCCCUCUACGUGGAGCCCGAGCUGGGCGUCACGGCCCUCCACCUCUGCGCGUUUGCCAAUUGCCUGGCCGGGGUGCGCUACCUCCUCGAGGCGGUCGGGGGCGUGGCCGCCCUGUCGAAAAAGGCCCACACGGCUUACCAUUACGCGGCGUUUGGGGACGCCGUGGACGUGGCCGGUCACUUUGCUCGGCUCGGCUGGAGCCAGGAAUCGCCCCUCGGCGAGGAGACGGUGCUGCACGCGGCGGCGCGCAACGGCUCGGGCAGGGUGCUCGGCCUCCUCGCCCCGUCCAGUCCGCACCUCAACGCCCUGGACGGCACUGGUUUCGCCGCCAUACACUACGCCGCCGAGCGCGACGACGUCGAGGGACUGCGGGCGCUCCUCAAGGCUGGCUGCCUCGUCGACAUGUUUACCCGCAGGGGCGAGACGGCCUUGCAGUUGACGGCCGAGGCCGGCUACCCCGAGAGCUUGAAGGUGCUGCUGGAGUCGGGGGCGAAUCCAGGCUUGAGGAACCGCCGGGGCCAGACAGCCCUGCACCUGGCGGCGCGCACCCACUCGGUCGAGUGCGUGGUGAGUCUGUUGAAUCACGGGGGCAGCGACCCGAACUCCCAGGACAACGACGGCCGGACGCCGCUGCACGUGGCGUUGGGCCGGUCGAUGCUGUCGUACGACGUGGCCGAGGAACUGGUGGGCCGCAAGGCCGACGUCAACAGGGCGGACAAGUACGGGUACACGCCCUUGCACGUGGCCGCCCUCAACGAGAUGUCCUCGUGCGUCGACCUCCUGAUCCAGCAGGGGGCCGAUCUGAGCGCCCGCACCAAGGGUGGGACGAGUGCCCUGUCCAUCAUAUUGCGCAAGACACCCUCGUCGCUCGACUGCUUCGAGCGCCGGCUCGACGCUUCCCUCGGGCUGCACCACCACGGCUCGGCCACCGGCGAGGUGGAGCUCAGACUGGACUUUCAUCCCCUGCUGCAGCACCAGCAGCAAGGCGAGAUCGGCUACCUCGGCACCUUCGUCAAGGAGGGCUACAAGGAGAUACUCGAGCACCCGCUCUGCCAGUCCUUCCUCCACCUCAAGUGGCAAAAGAUACGCAAGUACUACGUCGGCCGGCUGUUGUUCUACCUGUUGUACGUGCUCGUGCUGACCGGCUGGGUGAUAACGGCCCUCGCGCACAACUGUUACAACGAGUCGCACGGCCAGCUCGACAAUCUCAGCCGGCCCCUUUGCGCCAACUCGAGUGGCCUGAACGGCUUCCUCUACCGCAAUCCCUUCGUCCUCGAGGUCGAGUGGUACGUCCUCCUUAUGCUGACGGUCCUCGAGGCGUCGCGCAAACUCGUCGGCGUCCUCACCUACUCGAGCGUCCGGCAAUUUUGCACCCAAGCGGAAAAUUUGGUCGAGUGGUGCGUCAUUGUGAGCGUCUUUGCCACCUCGUUCGUCUUCACGGGACGCACCUACGCCCCCUGGCAGAGCCACGUUGGAGCCUUCGCGGUACUGUGCGGCUGGAGCAACCUCAUGCUCAUGAUUGGCCAACUGCCCAUGUUCGGCGCCUACGUCGCCAUGUUCACGAGCGUCCAGGCCCAAGUGUUCAAGCUCCUGCUGGCCUACGCGUGUCUCCUGGUUGGCUUCACCGCGAGCUUCUGCGUCAUAUUCCCCCGCUCCAAGUCCUUCAGCAGUCCCCACACGGGACUCAUCAAGGUACUGGUGAUGAUGACGGGCGAGCUCGACUUUGAGGAGCUCUUCUUCCCGGGUGGCGAGGAGGGCGGUCGGCCGGUCGAUGUUGGCGGUACCUCGUGGAUCCUCCUCCAAGUGUCGGCCCAGCUGUCUUUCGUGCUGUUCCUGCUGUUCGUGACGAUAGUCCUCAUGAACUUGCUCGUGGGCAUCGCCGUCCACGACAUAAAGGGCCUCCAGAAGACCGCCGGCCUGGCCAAGCUCGUGCGCCAAACCAAACUGAUCUGCGACCUCGAGGCGGCCCUAUUUCUCGGGCUGCUGCCCCAGUGCCUCAUGAGGGUCCUCCGCUGGACGGCUCUGGUGCUGCCGUCGCCCCUCAAGGCCGUGCUCACGGUCAGGCCGCUCAACCCCAGGGAGAAGCGACUGCCCCGGGACGUGUUGGCCUGCGCGUACAAGGUGGCCAGGGAACGAAAGUCCAUAGUCGGCGGUGGCAGCAGCUUCCUCUACUCGACCGUGUCGAGCAAACGCAGCGGGAACUCGGUGUACGGGUACUCGAGGUUCGACGGCAACUCGUCCAUCAGGCGGAAGGCCACCGUGGACGAGAUCGCCGCUCUGGACGAGGCGGCCAAGCUAAGGGACGAGGUCGCCGAGCUCAGGAGGAUCUGCGAGAACAACAACCAGCUCGUGGCGGAGCUCGUCGAUACUUUGGCGGUGGACAAGCGCGUCGGACGGGAUCUCAAGAAGGACGCCUAGGGCUUCCAUCCACUUUUUUUUUUUUUUUUUUUUUUUUUUUUUUCUUUCCCUUCCUCUGUACAGUGUAAAUAUUUGAUUUUAUCCAUGUAAAAUACUCAGAUCUCAAUCGAUGACACAUCAAUCUACAAAUCAUCACGAAAACAGUACACGAAUAACGUGGCUUUUAUCAACACCGAAUUAUCUUGCGAGCUUUUCUUUGGCUUUAGUGCUUUUUUUUCCCAAGACACGCAGGUAUUAUUACAUACACUUUUCCGCUUUGCACAGAUUUCCAGGUAACACUAUGUUAUAACGAGUAAGUAUACAUAUAUUUUUAAGAGGAUUCACGGUGAAAUUUCAGUAACUUUUCGAUGGUUGGAAAAAAAAAAUUGUAUUUUUUGUAAGAAAUUACAUUUGUAAGGCCCACUCUGUUGAUAAAUAAAGGUUUUUGUAUACGUACACACAUUGUAAAAUGCAUGGGACCUGAAUGAUGAUUUAGUAAAAUGUCAUUGUACACGAAAUAAAACGCAUAUAUUUUUA